UCUUACGUCAGUCAAGGAGCGUCUUUUUAUUAAAACCAGAGCAGGAGAAAAGCGGUUAGAACACAGAGAAAGUACAUUGAGGCACAGUAGAAUCACAUCACAUGAACGCAACACAUUCUUCGUCAAGUAGCGGCGGUUCUGGCAUCGGGAAUCCAGCCCUUGGCUAUGGCAACACACCGACAUGUUACUUUGUAAUGAUUGGUACCAAAGACAAUCCCAUCUACGAAGCAGAAUUUGUCUCAGUUACCACUGCACGGUCAUCUUCAGGAACAUCUGGUAUUCCGGAAGCUAAAAAAGAAGAAUUUCGCCACUUGAAUCAAUUUAUUGCCCACUCAGCACUGGAUAUGAUUGAAGAUAUUCAAUGGAGCACCAACCAAAUGUAUCUCAAGUCAAUCGACAAGUUUAAUGAGCGGUUCAUCUCUGCAUAUCUCACUGCAGGAAACAUCAAACUACUGUUAUUACAUGAUGCCAAGAGUGAAGAAUCUAUUCGAAACUUUUUCAAUGAUUGUUAUGAGCUGUACAUCAAAACUUUAUUGAAUCCUUUUUACGAGCCCAACAGUAUCAUCAGUUCACCGGCAUUCGAUGCAAAAGUAAGACUUAGUGCAAAGAGAUGUCUUUAGAAAGCAGAGAUGGAGC